CAUCGACAAAAGCGUUCCGUUGGAAAGCUACAUGCAGACAACUUUCCCUGACAAAUUGCUGCAGCAAACAACAACAAACCAACCAACGCAACAGUUCGCAAUGGAUUAGUUGUUUUUCAAAUGCGAACAUUGAGGGAAGGGAACUGUUUUCAGAUGUGAGUUUUCAUGCGCUUUUCUUGUGUGUGUGCAUCUAAGGUCGAAAGUGCACAAGUGGACAUAAGUGACUGACUUUAGGAAGUCACUCACCAUGGCCUAUCCUCAAGGCUUUCUCUUCCAACCGUCGGUGUCUCUAGCUCUCCAUUCCUGUCCCCCGUUCAGUUCCAGUGUGAUUUUAGGAGGACCAAGGACAGAGGAACUGGGCCGGUCGUCUUCAGGCUCAGCCUUCGCCCCUUACGCGGGAUCACCGGCGUUCAAUGGUUCAUCCCCUGGCUUCAAUUCUCACCUCCAGUAUAGCGGAGAGCAGACGGCGGCACUGAACUCAUUUGUGGGCUCCGCGUACGAUCCCUCAGCGGGUAUCGCUGGCUCUUUAGAGUAUCACCCGUUCGGUGUAGCAUUGGGCUAUCCAUAUGGAGACCCUGCAUACAGGAAAAAUGCUACAAGAGAUGCGACUGCCACUCUCAAAGCGUGGCUCAAUGAACACCGUAAAAACCCCUACCCAACCAAGGGUGAGAAGAUCAUGCUGGCCAUCAUUACUAAGAUGACACUUACCCAAGUGUCCACCUGGUUCGCCAACGCCAGACGGCGGUUGAAGAAAGAGAAUAAAAUGACGUGGACCCCGAGGAAUAGAAGUGAGGAUGAGGAAGAAGAUGACAACAUUGACCUGGAGAAGAAUGACGACGAAGAAGAGCCACUUAAGCCCACGGCAGAAAUUGGGUCUAAAAAUGAAGCAGUUGGGCAGCAUCCAAAUCCAGUGGGAAUCCCCUGUGAGAAAUACAAAGAAGACAAUAGCGGCAAUGACAUGGAACCUGUCUUAAUUGAUCCGAAUGUAAAGGACCACGGGGACAGGAGAGUGCCCGAGAUGCCACGGCCCACCACCGCGGCAUCUCCCCAAAACGCGGACCUUGGAGUGGAAAGGGAUUCAGACUCCGCAGCCUCGGAAAGUCCACCUCCACUGAGGCGUAAUGACUCAGGCAACUCCAGCAAUGCUACAUCAGUGAUUCACUCGGCCCUUCCGGCCCCGAAACCAAAACUGUGGUCGCUCGCGGAGAUUGCAACUUCUUCGGAUAAAUGUAAAGGAUGUAGUGAUGCCGCUCAGACCGUGCCCAGACAAUUACGUACAGAGAUUCCGGGCGGUAGGCCUAUGUCAUCUCCAUUACGAGACGCUUCUCAGAAUCUUUUCCCUCACAGUGCAGCCCUAUCCAGACAUGUCUAUUAUACGUCUCCCUUUUUCCAGGGUUACUCGAACUAUCAUGGUACUUUUGGACACCUGCAGAGCCCCGGAUCCAACAUGGGGUCAGCGACGCAUUUAAAUGGAUUACAUCAAACUAUGUUACACAGAGCCGAGGCUCUGGCAAGAGACAGCCAAGCCAGGAGCCAAACACAGAUAGAUAUUUGUAAAGACUUGAGAUAUGAAAUUAAGAAAGGUAUGACACAUGUCUAGUAGCCUGUGUGACAUUUGGUAAGCUAUAGGCUCUAUAUAGACGUUUUAUUUAUUGUCCAACUGGGAAAAGAAACUAUAUUUUCAGUGGGGAAAAAAAACAUAUUGAGAUGCAAAUGGAACAAUGACAAUGACUAUUCCGGGGAGUUCCUAAAAAGGCAACAAAUAAUUAUUUAGGAAUGUGAAUAUUCAAUUAUUACAUUUAGAAUGUUUUAAAGGAUAAUGUGGAGGGGAAAAAAGUGGAUUCCUUUGUCACACCACGUGGUGAAUAAUUAUUAAUUAAAGAAGACUAGUUUUAUUGUAGUCUUUUUUA